AUGCGGCAAAUCACACAUGCCUUCGAUGACAUUUCGUUUAACCUCGAUGCCUAUUUCGACAAGUUUGCGCUACUUCCCAACAUGGAUGAUCCCCUCUGGUUAAAGGUUUUAAUUGAUAUCGCAACACUUAGUGUUACCAUAGUUUUCAGUAGCGUCAUAAGCAACUUCAACAAACAAUUGCCACACUUCAUCGAAAACCCUAAACGGUUCGAUUUUACUAAGGAGCUUCCUGGUGGUAUGCUAACUAAUGGCAUGAACGAGGCCAAGACCCCGCGAGAGCUCUCAAAGAAGUACGGUAUCUGGAAGGCAGAAGACCAACAUGAUACUGAAGCUUGGAUAGGAGAGCUUCAAAAGUAG